AUCAGAAUUGGAGGAGGACAAUUGACUUCUGUCAAUUUGCCAUAGACCAAGAGAUCGCGUUCACAGAACUACGAUUUACAGUCUCCUUCUCUGGGUUCUAAGCUUAUUGAGUGAGCUUAAAAGUACUAAAUUGAUAUAAAUAUCAGACAAAACAUAACAAGGAUUAUACAUAUUCGACAGAAAGAGCGCAGUCACAAAACAAUCAACGGUUCACGCAUUGAUGCGCAUCCAACAACAACGAUCUUAGAUAUAAAGAUUUUUUUAAUUAAGUGAGUGGUUUGAUGUUUUCUACAAAAUAAAACUAAAGGUAUUGCAACAAAUUUCGAACAGUUUUGGUAUCUGUACUAUUAAGAGCAGUGAUAAAUGAAAAAUAAAAUCUAAGGAUCCGAUAUAAGUCUGCUGAGACGCACAUUCGGAAUAUCAAAUUUAAAGAACAAUGUCAAUAUUUUGUACACAAAAUGCACAUGUAUUAUAAUUGUUGAAAUUAUAAACUGACAUAGUUAUGCUAUAUUAUUGCAAAUAUAUUGAACCUCUAUAUUUUGUAACAUUUUAGAAUUUCAUUGCAAAUGGAAAGAUGAUAGAAACACAAAUCCAUGAAUGUGGAAAAUGCAACUAUAUUUUUACAUUAUAAAGAAAAGAUGAGGACCACAAAGAAAGCAGUCAUAGAUGUUUUAGUUCUGAAUUCAUGGUGUAAUCUAAAACAGUGCUUAAAUGAUAAAACACCUUAGAUGAGUCUCGAUUGAAUAAAUCUCUGACAAGUCUGCAAAUUCAGUCAUUACACUGUCAGGUUAAGUUCUCUGGGCACACUUCAAUUUUGUUUUUACAAUUAUUAAGCGGAUAUUAAGCUAGAAAGUCUGGUAAUGAAACUGUAAACACCAUGGUCAUUGUUUCAAUUGUAAGUUAAAACUGAUUACAGUGAGGCUUGUUUUCCCAUUGAAACAAAAUCCAGUUUAUUUUAUGCGUGUCAUUUGCGUGUAUGCGGUGUAUUUCAGAUACCAAUCAACCUUCCGUUAUAGCACUGAUUCGCUUCGAUAUUAAGUUUGAUGCCUUUCUAUACAGUUUGCACAUUUUAAGAUCCUAUCAAUGUAGCCUUGAAAUCUUAAAAAAAAAAACUAGCCUAUGAUACAAUCACUUAUAAAUCUGAGUACUGUGAAGAGAUAUGUUAAUUUUGUCCGUAUUUUCUAGCAUACUUGAAAUUAUUUCCGGUAUUGUGCGUAAACAUUUCUGUAAUUACGAAAUUGUUGAUCGGUAUAUUAUUAACACUUAUAGAGAGUUAUUCAAUACUGAAGCUUAAAAAUGAAUGUUCGGAUGCUUAAUGUGCUUGUCUGUUUGACAGCGAUGAUUUUUGUGAAAGGGUCAGAGAAGAAGGGAGUUGUACAUUGGGCAGAUAGUUAUAUGUGUGAUGAUUUUAAGGCAUUAGAUAACAUGACUUGGUGGUAUGACUUUAGGAUGAGUCUGAGUUAUUUCCAUGAUAAUGGCAUUUGUUCAUCAACUGUCGAUAACUACAAGAAAACAUAUGUUCCUAUGGUUUGGGGAUACUGGAGUAAAACGAAGAUAAACAUCGCAGACGAAGCACAAUACAUCCUCGGUUUUAACGAGCCUAAUCACAAAAAACAAUCAAACAUGUCACCUGAAAAAGCCGCUGCCGCCUGGCGGGAAAUAGAGAAGAAUUCUAAGGGGAAACCACUCGUUAGUCCAUCUGCUGCUCAUUGUGGCAAACAUUGUCGAUGUGACGAAAUAGAAUGGUUCGACAGGUUUUUUGAACUUUGCGAAGGGUGCCGAGUAGACUAUCUAGCCACCCAUACAUACUGGUGCAAUCCUGACAAAGUGAUGAAAUACUUGGAGAUGCUGUACAAAAAAUACAGAAGAAAGAUUUGGCUUACUGAAUUUGCCUGUAGUAAAACUAAAAGUCAAUGGAAACAGCUUAGAUUCAUGAUAAAAAUCUUACCAAAAUUAGAAGCUGCUGACUACAUAUUCAGGUAUUCUUGGUACUCGGCAAGAAUUAGGAAGUCAGGUUUCAUAACGACAGCUGCCAGCCUACUUAAACAAGAUUACUCUGCAUUAACACCACUGGGUCGGUACUACAACCACUUCCAAGGCAUCAAAGAUAAAGCUACCUUUAUCGACCCUAAGAAGUUAACGACAACACAAUCCGAGAAAAUUACGAAUAUACCGCCGGAGAAAUCAACUACUUCAUUACCAAAGACGAUAUCUACUACAUCGCCCGAGAAUGUAACUUCUUCACUGCUAAAGACGCUAACUCCUAUACCACCUGAGAGGGUAAAUACUCACUCGUCGAACGAGGUACCAAUUACAUCGCCAACGAGUUUAACUAGUGAAACGCUAAAUAAAGUAACCAAUAAACAGUCUGAGAAUGUAAUUACCUCAAAGGCAAAGAAGAUGACCUCUUCAUCGCCCAAAAACGUUUCCACUCCACUGCUCGAGAAUGUAACUACUACACUGUCAGAAAAUGCAAUUUCUACGCCGCCAAUGAUAAUUACUACUGCAUCCCCCGAGAAUAUAGGUGUUUUACCGACCAAGAAUGUAAACGCUACCUCGCCUAAGACGGUAACUGCGACAUACGCCGAUAAUACAACUUCUUCGCCUCCCGAGAAGGUAACUAUUACACUGCCUAAGAAGGGUGUACCUACUACAAAGUCCGAGAAUGUAACUACUACAUCGUCCGAGAAUUUGACUACUACAUUUAAGAAGGUAUCUACUACGCCGCCCGUGAAGGUGAAUACUCCAUCGCCUAAGGUAAUGAUUACUACAGACCCCAAGAAUGUAACUACAACACAGCCUAAGAAGGUAACUGCUACUAAACCCGAGAAGUCAGCUACUUCACCGCCUAAGAAAGUAACCACUACACACCCUGAAAAGGUAGUAGCUUCAUUACCUAAGAUGGCAACUACUUCACCACCCGAGAGUGUAGCUACUUCACUGUCCGAGAAUGUAGCUACUUCACAAUCCGUGAAUGUAACUACUACACCGCCCGAGAAUGUAGCUACUUCACUGUCCGAGAACGUAACUACUACACUGCCCGAGAAUGUAGCUACUUCACAAUCCGUGAAUGUAACUACUACACCGCCCGAAAAUGUAGCUACUUCACAAUCCGAGAAGAUAACUACUACACCGCCCGUGAAGACAGCUACUUCACCAUCCGAGAAUGUAACUAUUGCAUCCCCCGAGAAGGUACCUAGUACACCGUCCGAGAAGGUAACUGCCACACCGCCUAAGAAAAUAUCUACUACGCCGCCCGUGAAGGUGAAUACAUCACUGCCUACGAUUGUAACAACUACAGACCCAAAGAAUGUAACUGUUACACCGCCUAGGAAAGUAACUACUACAGUUUCCGAGAAGGUAGAUAUUUCACCGUUUGAGAAGGUAACUACUUCUCCGCCCGAGAAGGCAAUUUCUUCACCGCCAAAGACUGUACCUACUGUAAAGAAGGAACUUACUACAUCGCCUAAUACAGGAACUACUAUGUCGAGCAGCGAUGAUGACACUAGUAAAGUUGGCAGAAAAGAAACUUUGCUUAUUCUGCAAUCGAUUUCUUCAAAUCGAGCCAUAUGGUGGAAGAUUAUCAACUACAUGAAGAAAUAUUCAAAUGAACUACCCGAGUCAGUCAGAGUUCUCUACGAGACAUCAUCAAAGAAGAAACUCAAGCAAAGAAUAAAGAAGAAGUUCAUUGAGAUUUUAUGUAUUGACGUAGACACUAUUCAGGACAGAGAUAUCAGGCAAAUGGUCGAGAAAGUUCGAAACUUUCCCGAGGAAAACACGGAAGGAAAGAAGAAAAAGAAGAACGCUGGAAAGCUACGGCUACUGAAAUGUUCGAAAAACUAAAACAGUUUCAUUUGAAUGAACUUUUACGAGGAUCUACUCGUGUUCAGUUGAUAUAUAGAAAUAGAAGUUUUUUUUCUCUUAUGACUGCUUUCAGUGAAGGCAAAUUAGAUGAAGGAGAGAAAGGAAAAAAGAUCUUUUGGACAAAGUACGGUUUUUCGAUAUUUUUAUUUGACAAUAUUCGGCAAAUCAUUGUUAUCUGCCAAUUUUUUUUUUAAAUGACACAUAUGAAAAUAUAAGAAAAUCUAUUUAGGAUAGAAAUUGUGAUGUCAAAAUCAUUGCAUGUCAUGAAAUUAAAAGAUUACAGAAA